UUUGUCUGCCUCGGAGAUAAAAGGUCGCUCGCCUCAGUGGGCGCGCUUCUGCCUCCUGGACGACUUCUCCCGUCAUCCGCUGAGUUAUUUCAGAAAUGUUUGCUGCUUGCUUGCUAAGUUGCGGACCGGCGUUGAAACUGUGUCACCUACCCUGAAGCACCAAUGAUCAGAAGCCGGGAGAAAUAACGGAUCACAAAGGGUCUGCCUUCUAUUUGAGGCUACUAAUUUAGGAUUUACUGUGCAGGCGAUGAGAAGCCCGUGAAGGAUUUUAAAGAGUAAGACUCAAAGAGAAAGUGCAACGUUCCACGUGUAACUAGUGACACAGCUAAACUCAGGAAAGGGGUCUUUCUUCUUUCACUUUCAGAGCUCUUACCACCAGACUUACAUAGCUUUGAUGAAAAUCAAACCAUUCUGGAGUGUGUAGGCUGAGCGGCCAAGGUUCAGGAGCAACGUUCGGCACCCUUCAAAAGUUUGGUUAACACUGGACCAGCCUCUAAAAUCUCGGUUCCAUAAAACGAGGACGCCUUUCUCUCAAGAGGAGUUCCGUCCUUCGCAUCAUCUUCGUCGCGACGUGCCUCUUCCUCCGCCCCCUCCUCCCAGUCGCCUCACUCUUCCUCCUCUUCUCUCCCCAUUGUUCCGAGCCGCUCCCCCCUGACGCAUGCUGGGAAGGGUAGUCACUACUCUCCCUGCUCUUUGGGCCGGCGGGGCGGCCCUAUAAACUCAGUAUCUGCACAGAACGCCACAGAUUCUGCGAGGUGGGGUACAGCCUGGAAGGCCCACCCCCUCAGCCGAGGAGCAGUCUGGGAGUUGCAGUUUCUAGGCCCCCAAAUCGCGCAGGCUGGCUGGGGCUCUUGGACUCUAAUUCCGCCAUCCUCGCGCAUCCUGAUGGCGUCACGCGGGCCCGCGAGGCCCCUGCGACAGGCUGUAGUUCUCGAGGAGGGGUCUCCGCCCUAGCCGCCGCGACUAGAGAACAACACUUCCCAGGAGUCUGCGCGGCGGCGCGCCGAUAGCCGCGCGAUGCCGUGAUUGGCUGGUGAGCCGGCCGCACGCGGAGGAGCCCAAGGAGCAGCUCUGUUGCGACAGAGGCCGAGCAGCGAGGCCCAACUCCCUGUAAGAACACUUUCGUACCCCUGUGGUUCAUCACCAUGCCCUCUGACCUGGCCAAGAAGAAGGCAGCCAAAAAGAAGGAAGCUGCCAAAGCACGACAGCGGCCCAGAAAGGGACACGAAGAAAACGGAGAUACUGUCACAGAACCACAGGUGGCAGAGGAGAAAAAUGAGGCCAAUGGCCGAGAGACCACAGAAUUGGAUUUGCUGACCAAGGAACUAGAGGACUUUGAGAUGAAGAAAGCUGCUGCUCGAGCUGUCACUGGUGUUCUUGCCUCUCACCCCAACAGUACCGAUGCCCACAUUAUCAACCUCUCCCUCACCUUUCAUGGUCAAGAGCUGCUCAGUGACACCAAACUGGAAUUAAACUCAGGCCGUCGUUAUGGCCUCAUUGGCUUAAAUGGAAUUGGAAAGUCCAUGCUGCUCUCUGCUAUUGGGAAACGGGAAGUGCCCAUCCCUGAGCACAUUGACAUAUACCAUCUGACUCGGGAGAUGCCCCCUAGUGAGAAGACACCCUUGCAGUGUGUGAUGGAAGUCGACACAGAGCGGGCCAUGCUGGAGAGGGAAGCUGAGCGGCUGGCUCAUGAGGAUGCUGAGUGUGAGAAGCUCAUGGAGCUCUACGAGCGACUGGAGGAGCUGGAUGCUGACAAGGCAGAAAUGAGGGCUUCCCGGAUCUUGCAUGGACUGGGUUUCACGCCUGCCAUGCAGCGCAAGAAGCUGAAAGACUUCAGUGGGGGCUGGAGAAUGAGAGUUGCCCUUGCCAGAGCCCUCUUCAUUCGGCCCUUCAUGCUGCUCCUGGACGAGCCCACCAACCACCUGGACCUCGAUGCUUGUGUGUGGUUGGAAGAAGAAUUAAAGACUUUUAAGCGCAUCCUGGUCCUCGUCUCCCAUUCCCAGGACUUUCUGAAUGGUGUCUGUACCAACAUCAUUCAUAUGCACAACAAGAAACUGAAGUAUUACACGGGUAAUUAUGACCAAUAUGUGAAGACACGGCUGGAGCUGGAGGAGAACCAGAUGAAGAGGUUUCACUGGGAGCAAGAUCAGAUUGCACACAUGAAGAAUUACAUUGCUAGAUUUGGUCAUGGCAGUGCCAAGUUGGCCCGGCAAGCCCAGAGCAAGGAGAAAACACUACAGAAAAUGAUGGCAUCUGGACUGACAGAGAGGGUCGUGAGUGACAAGACUCUGUCAUUUUAUUUCCCACCAUGUGGCAAGAUUCCUCCACCUGUCAUUAUGGUGCAAAAUGUGAGCUUCAAGUAUACAAAAGAUGGGCCUUGCAUCUACAAUAAUCUAGAAUUUGGUAUCGAUCUUGAUACACGAGUGGCUCUGGUGGGGCCCAAUGGAGCAGGGAAGUCAACUCUUCUGAAGCUGCUAACUGGAGAGCUACUACCUACUGACGGGAUGAUCCGAAAACACUCUCAUGUCAAGAUAGGGCGUUACCAUCAGCAUUUACAAGAGCAGCUGGAUUUAGACCUCUCACCUUUGGAGUACAUGAUGAAGUGCUAUCCAGAGAUCAAGGAGAAGGAAGAAAUGAGGAAGAUCAUUGGAAGAUAUGGUCUCACUGGGAAACAGCAGGUGAGCCCAAUUCGGAACCUGUCCGAUGGGCAGAAGUGCCGAGUGUGUCUGGCCUGGCUGGCCUGGCAGAAUCCGCACAUGCUCUUCCUGGAUGAGCCCACUAACCACCUGGAUAUCGAGACCAUCGAUGCCCUGGCCGAUGCCAUCAAUGAGUUUGAGGGGGGUAUGAUGCUGGUCAGCCACGACUUCAGACUCAUUCAGCAGGUUGCACAGGAAAUCUGGGUCUGUGAGAAGCAGACAAUCACCAAGUGGCCUGGAGACAUCCUGGCCUACAAGGAGCACCUCAAGUCCAAGCUGGUGGGCGAAGAGCCCCAGCUCACCAGGAGGACCCACAAUGUGUGAGCCCCUGCCUGGGCUGGGCUGGGCCUCUGGGGCCACACUCCUGCAUUGCUGCAAUACCGCUCCCCAGCCCCCUCCCUGCCCCCACCUGCCUUAGCUGCACUCUGUGAUCUUAUCUACAGCUGGACAGUACCUGUCCGUCUCUUGUCCUUCCAGUUACUUUUGUCCAUGUCUGGACUCGGCUGGCUGUUCUGCCAGCACCUUGCUGGUUACUGACCUGAUAGUGAUGCAGCCAGAGGCACCUGAGGGUUAGCCCAAGGGCCCACAUCCUGGGUUGGCCUGUGAAAGAGCUUAGGGUCCUCGUCUGGGUUUUGGUGAUGUUGGAGGAAUACUCCCCAGCCCACCACCCCCAUUCCUUUCUGCUUCUGGUUUGGAGCUCUGGACCAGGGCUUUAGUCCUGGUCGGUUUUUAAAUAAUUAUUUAACAGUGUAACUUUUAGACCUGCGUGACAUCUACAAAGUGUCCAAUAAAGAAAGAAGAAGCCAUG